UCCAUCUCCGUUUCGCUCCAUUCCAUUCCACCCCCACCCACGACAGAGCGAGGAGGAAGGGAGCAAUAAUAGCGCCCCCGCUUCCUUUAUUAGCCCAGCCAGCAUCGCCUCCGCAUUUCCCUGCCACCUCCACGCCUCGUCCGCCCAUCGAUCCUUCGCCACCGCCGUCCCACCGGGAUCCCUUCCAAGUACAUAAGCUCCUGGUGUUCUGUGGUGGAUCCGCCUGCCAGUCUCUUCUGCUCCAUUAAUCCGUUUCUAAGGUUGCUUCUAAAUGUCAAGCGCAAAACAGGUGCUUGAACCUGCAUUCCAGGGAGCAGGACAAAAACCUGGGACAGAAAUAUGGCGGAUUGAGAAUUUUAACCCAGUUCCUUUACCAAAACCAGAUUAUGGUAAAUUCUACUGCGGAGAUUCAUAUAUAAUCCUGCAGACAACUUGUAACAGGGGUGGUGCUUACCAAUUUGACAUCCACUUCUGGAUUGGGAAAGAUUCUAGCCAAGAUGAAGCUGGCACUGCAGCAAUUAAGACAGUUGAACUUGAUACCAUGCUUGGGGGUCGUGCAGUCCAGCACAGGGAACCCCAAGGCUACGAGUCUGAUAAGUUUAUAUCAUACUUCAAGCCAUGCAUUAUACCAUUGGAGGGCGGCUUUGCCUCGGGGUUUAAAACACCAGAAGAGGACAAGUUUGAAACACGGCUCUAUAUUGUCAAAGGAAAGAGAGCUAUCAGAGUUAAAGAGGUUCCCUUUGCUCGUUCAUCAUUGAACCAUGAUGACGUCUUUAUCUUAGACACUGAAAAGAAAAUAUAUCAAUUCAAUGGCGCUAAUUCCAAUAUUCAAGAAAGAGCCAAAGCCCUAGAAGUGAUCCAACAUUUAAAGGACAAGUAUCAUGAAGGAGUGUGUGAUGUUGCAAUUGUUGAUGAUGGAAAAUUUCAAGCAGAAUCAGAUUCAGGUGAAUUCUGGGUCGUUUUUGGUGGUUUCGCACCAAUAGGGAAGAAAGUUGUAAGUGAUGAUGAUGUUGUUCUUGAAACUUCACCGACAAAGCUUUACAGUAUCAAUAAUGGUAAACUGAACUUAGAAGAUAUUGUCCUGACAAAAUCAAUUCUUGAGAACACUAAAUGCUUUUUACUUGACUGCGGGUCUGAGUUAUUUGUAUGGGUUGGUCGAGUAACACAAGUGGAAGAUAGGAAAGCUGCAAGUACGGCAGUUGAGGAAUUCAUAGUUAAACAAAAUAGACCAAAGACAACAAGAGUAACCCAAGUAAUUCAAGGUUAUGAAAACCAUACAUUCAAGUCCAAGUUUGAUUCGUGGCCGGUAAGUGCAACUGGAAAUACCAGUGCGGAGGAUGGCCGAGGAAAAGUUGCAGCACUGCUGAAGAAAAAAGGUGAUGUCAAGGGGGCCUCAAAGAACAGUACACCAGUGAAUGAGGAAGUUCCUCCUUUGCUAGAAGGCGGCGGAAAACUUGAGGUUUGGUUUGUUGAUGGCAGUGCUAAGACUGCUCUUCCGAAGGAGGAUCUUGGAAAAUUCCAUAGUGGAGAUUGUUAUAUUAUCCUGUAUACAUAUCAUUCUGGUGAAAAGAGAGAAGAAUUCUAUCUAACUUACUGGAUCGGGAAGGAUAGCAUACCGGAAGAUCAACAUAUGGCUCUUCAAAUAGUUAAUACAACAUGGAAUUCAAUGAAAGGAAGACCUGUUCUGGGUCGUAUUUAUCAAGGGAAAGAGCCUCCGCAAUUUAUUGCUCUUUUCCAGCCCAUGGUUAUUCUUAAGGGUGGAAUCAGCUCCGGAUACAAGAAAUCUGUAGAAGAGAAUGGCUUGAAAGAUGAAACAUAUUCUGGCACCGGCAUUGCUCUUGUUCACAUUCAUGGAACAUCAAUCCAUAACAACAAAACACUUCAAGUUGAUGCGGUUUCAACAUCCCUAAGCUCCACCGAUUGUUUUGUCCUGCAAUCUGGAAAUUCAAUGUUUACAUGGAUUGGCAACACAAGUUCUUAUGAACAGCAACAGUGGGCUGCAAAAGUUGCUGAGUUUUUGAAGCCUGGCACUUCUGUCAAACAUUGCAAGGAGGGAACUGAGAGCUCUGCUUUCUGGUCUGCUCUUGGUGGAAAGCAGAAUUACACAAGUAAAAAUGCCACACAAGAUGUUGUUAGAGAACCUCAUCUGUAUACUUUCUCAUUUAGAAAUGGAAGACUGGAGGUUACUGAAGUUUUCAAUUUUUCACAAGAUGAUUUGUUGACUGAAGAUGUGAUGAUACUUGACACACAUGCCGAAGUCUUUGUUUGGAUGGGUCAGUGUGUGGACACGAAAGAGAAACAGACGGCAUUUGAAACUGGCCAGAAAUACAUAGAACAUGAAGUGACCUUUGAAGGUCUUACUCCUGAUGUGCCUCUAUAUAAAGUCAGUGAAGGGAAUGAACCUUGCUUCUUUAGGACAUACUUCUCCUGGGAUAGCACAAGAUCCGUGAUUCACGGGAAUUCAUUUCAGAAGAAACUUUCACUUCUUUUUGGAAUGCGUUCUGAGAGUGGAUCUAAGGGCUCAGGUGAUGGUGGACCAACUCAAAGGGCAUCAGCAUUGGCUGCGCUUUCAUCCGCGUUUAAUCCAUCUUCCCAAGACAAACAGUCUAAUGAUAGGCCUAAAAGCUCCGGUGAUGGUCAUACUCAGCGUGCGGCAGCAUUGGCUGCAUUAUCAUCUUCACUCGAUACAUCAUCAAAACCCAAAAGCCCAUCUCGUGCAGGUCAAGGUUCUCAGAGAGCAGCUGCUGUUGCAGCAUUAUCUAAUGUUUUAACUGCUGAGGGAUCUACUCUAAGUCCUCGCAUUGAUGCUGAGAGGACAGAAUUUGAUACGGAUAAGGAUGCUCCUGGAGAUGAAGUGCCAUCCGAGGGGGAGCGAGAAGAGCCUGAUGUAUCACAGGAAGAAACUGCUAACGAAAAUGGAGGUGAAACAAUCUUUAGUUAUGACCGUCUGAUAUCAAAGUCUACUGACCCUGUCCGUGGGAUAGAUUACAAACGCAGAGAGACUUAUUUAUCGGACAGCGAAUUCCAUACCGUGUUCGGUAUUACCAAGGAGGAGUUCUACCAGCAGCCAAGGUGGAAGCAAGAAGCGCAGAAAAGAAAAGCCGAUCUUUUCUGAAGCAUAGCCUUCUCCCGGCUACAGAGGUUGCACAAAUUCCUAGUCUUAUCUUCCAUGAUUGCCACAUUGGUGUCAUGGCACAUCAGAAGCCUAUGUCCAGCAAUCGUGUCAUGUUCCAGAUGCAAAGGAUUUAUCCGCUGAUUUACCCAAGUUUUCUAGGGUAUUUUUUAUUUUAUUUGUACAUGAUCUGUGUUACACAGCUCCAUGGGUCGUCCCUACAUCAGUUACUCUGAGCUUGUUCGGGUUAUUCUCCAUCCACGCAUGCGUUUCCCUGCUCAAGUCGGUUCAAAGGGGCAUUCUUGGCGAUUUUUUCAAAGGUCAUGCUAUAUUGGCACUAAUAUGUACACCGUAUGACAGAACUUGAU